UUCUAUACAUCACCACCCCUCCCCCCCUCCUCCUUAAUUUGCCCAAUUUAUAUCUAUCUAUUUAUUUAUUCAUUUAUUUUAUACCUAAUUAAAUUAGUAAUAUAUACCGACUCAUCGUCCUCCUCCCCCAAAUCCCCCCCCAAACCUGAGCCCUCAUCGCGUUCUCUCCCUCUCUCUUUCUCUCCUCCCUAAUUAAUCGGCCAUGGCGGGGGCUUCUACGCCCUUCGGCGGCGGCGGCGGCGCGUGCAAGCUCUACCAGAGUUACCUGAAGCGCACGAACGUCCUCUCCGUCGCCUUCGUCGCCUUCCUCUGCUCCGCCUCCUACUUCCUCGGCGUCUGGCAGCACGCCGGCGCCGGCCCCGGCGGCGCCGCCGUCGUGCUCACCGCCGUCCCCUGCGAUCGCCGCGCCGCCGGCGCCGGCGCCGCUCCGGCGACGGCGACGGCGCUGGACUUCGCGGCGCACCACUCGGCGGCGGCGGAGGAGGAGGGGUUGGCGGUGGAGGAAGGGCGGAGGGGGCGGCGGGGGUUCCCGGCGUGCGACGCGAAGUUCGCGGAGUACACGCCGUGCGAGGAUCGGGACCGGUCGCUGCGGUUCGAGAGGGAGCGGCUGGUGUACAGGGAGCGGCAUUGCCCGGAGAAGGGCGAGCAGCUCAAGUGCCUGGUCCCGGCGCCGCCCGGAUACCGGAGCCCGCCCCCGUGGCCCGAGAGCCGCGGCGCGGCGUGGUUCGCCAACGUGCCGCACAAGGAGCUCACCGUCGAGAAGGCCGUGCAGAACUGGAUCCGCGUCGACGGCGACAAGUUCCGCUUCCCCGGCGGCGGCACCAUGUUCCCCAACGGCGCCGACGCCUACAUCGACGACAUGCAGCGCCUCGCCCCCGCCCUCCGCUCCGGCGCCGUCCGCACCGCUCUCGACACCGGCUGCGGGGUGGCGAGCUGGGGCGCGUAUUUGCUGUCGCGGGACAUCAUCACCAUGUCGUUUGCGCCGCGGGACACACACGAGGCGCAGGUCCAGUUCGCGCUGGAGCGCGGCGUCCCGGCCAUGAUCGGCGUGCUCGCCUCCAACCGCCUCCCCUACCCCGCCCGGGCCUUCGACAUGGCCCACUGCUCCCGCUGCCUCAUCCCGUGGCACCUCUACGAUGGGCAGUACUUGAUCGAAAUUGACCGCGUUCUGCGGCCCGGAGGGUACUGGAUCCUGUCGGGGCCGCCGAUCAACUGGAAGCGCCACUGGAAGGGGUGGCAGAGGACUCAGGAGGAUCUGAGCGCGGAGCAGAAUGCAAUCGAGUCCGUCGCGAAGAGCCUCUGCUGGAACAAGAUCAAGGAGCAGGAAGACAUUGCAAUUUGGCAGAAACCAGUCAACCACGUCCACUGCAAGGCCAGCAGAAAGCUCGUCCAGUCCCCGCCGUUCUGCCCUGCUCAAGAUCCUGAUGCUGCUUGGUACAACAAGAUGGAGACCUGCAUUACUGCCCUGCCCGAGGUGGCCAGCAUCGAGCAGGUGGCGGGGGGAGAGCUGAAGAAUUGGCCGGAGAGGCUGACGGCGGUGCCGCCGAGGAUCAGCAGCGGAAGCCUCGAGGGAGUGACGGCCGAGAUGUUCUUGCAGGACACGGCGCUGUGGAAGAAGAGGGUGGGGUACUACAAGACGGUGAUCAACCAGCUGGGGCAGAAGGGCAGAUACCGUAACCUGCUCGACAUGAAUGCGCGGUUCGGGGGGUUUGCCGCCGCGCUCAUCGACGACCCCGUCUGGGUCAUGAACAUGGUCCCGACCGCCACAAACAUUCACACUCUCGGAGUGAUCUACGAGCGCGGGCUCAUCGGCACUUACCAGGAUUGGUGUGAGGCCAUGUCUACUUAUCCAAGAACAUAUGAUCUCAUUCAUGCUGACUCAGUGUUCACCCUCUACAAGGACAGGUGUGAGAUGGAAGACAUUCUAUUGGAGAUGGAUCGGAUCCUGAGGCCGGAGGGCACGGUGAUCUUCAGAGACGACGUCGACAUUCUGGUGAAGAUCAAGAGCAUCGCCGACGGCAUGCGGUGGGAUAGCCAGAUCGUCGAUCACGAGGACGGCCCGCUGAAGCGGGAGAAGCUUCUCUUGGUUGUGAAAACAUACUGGACUGCCCAGGACCAAAACCAUGAGCAAUAAUGAUAAAUGAUAUGAUGAAUGAAAGCUGCCUUACUAGAAGCAUUUUUUUUUUUUAUUUUUAUUUUUUUCUUCACUCUGGCUUGUUCAGUGAGACUUGUUGGUGGGGUUUUUUGCUUCGAUUUUUGCUAAUUCUUUCUAUCAUAAUUCAUAAACAGCUGCCUUGUUUAUCUGAUAGAGAAAAGAAAGAGGGGGAGAAGAGAAGAGAUUAUAGUUUGGGAUUUGCAAGAUUUUAUAAGGGUGGGUGCAACUAAUGUUGGUAUAAACUGGACAGAUUCUGUAAUCAUCUUCUGGGAAGGAAUCAAUUUGAGAUCCCAUCCAACCAUCAUGUAAUCUUCUGGUUUCUUUUGUUAAUUGUUACAAAUUUUCAACUUUUUAGAAGGCAAAA